GUUUUACUGGGAUCUUGCUAUGCUGCUGCUGAUGGUGGGGAACCUGAUCAUCUUGCCGGUGGGCAUCACCUUUUUCAAGGACGAGAACACGCCUCCGUGGAUCGUCUUCAACGUGGUGUCCGACACCUUCUUCCUGAUCGACCUGGUGCUGAACUUCCGAACGGGAAUCGUGGUGGAGGAUAACACGGAGAUUAUCCUCGACCCUCACACCAUUAAGAUGAAAUACCUGAAGAGUUGGUUCCUGGUCGAUUUUGUCUCCUCCAUCCCAGUCGACUAUGUCUUCCUGAUUGUGGACCUGGAGACCAGGGUUGACUCGGAGGUCUAUAAAACGGCCAGGGCACUCCGGAUUGUGCGCUUUGCCAAGAUCCUCAGUCUCCUGAGGCUCCUGAGGCUCUCUCGGCUUAUUCGCUACAUCCACCAGUGGGAGGAGAUUUUCCACAUGACCUAUGACCUUGCGAGUGCAGUGGUGAGGAUAGUGAAUCUGAUCGGAAUGAUGCUGUUGUUGUGUCACUGGGACGGCUGUCUGCAGUUCCUUGUGCCCAUGCUCCAGGACUUUCCUGAAGACUGCUGGGUCUCCAUUAACCACAUGCAG